AUGAUUACAUUCCUUGCGGCAGUGCUGAUAUUUUCUCUUCAAACAAAUCCAGUGCUGUCGCUUUGGGUGCAAAACUGCAAAAAUGGAGCGAGAUUUAACAGAAUACGGAUGACUAAAGAUGAUUUUGUUUCCAAAACAUCUGAAUGCCCAUUUUCCAAGGCAUUUCCCCGCUACAAAAUCGACUUAUCGCGACUGAAAGAGCAUUCAAAACAUUCUUGGUUUUCCUCUCCAUUUCAAGUCAUAUCGAACUCUGUUCAGCGGUCCAAACUCGAAGGAAUGUUGACUCAAGGCGAAGAGAUCCAUUGGGAUUCUGAGGUGGAAGGUGUCUCUGCCAUGUCGUUACUUUGGCAUCGUUCCUCCCAAAUGAUUUCAAAUGCACGAGUACUUAGUUCCGAGAUUGUUGCAUUACCUGAAGCUAAUUUACAGCUUGUUCAAAACUGGGUUGAGAUAGUCCAGUGGAUGAGUGACGGCGACGACUCCCUUCUAAGAGCCUCACUCCUCACCAGCGAAUCGUCUGGUGUUUCCGUGCCGGCAGUACGAAUAGAGUUGCUAGGUACACUUGAAGAUGAUUUGGAGGACAAUUUAGGGCCGACAACCAAUACGGAUAGUGCAGAUGUUUUGAAUGCUCGAACUCGAGCUUGGGUGAAACGUAUUUUGGUGGAACAGGGCAUUUGCCCCUUUACCAAAAGCGCUACCAAAAGUGGACACGGUUUGAGUGAUGUCGGGGUCCCAGUCGGAACAAUUGCGUACCAUGCAUCUUUUGCGGAGGAUGCUUUCCACCUUUUCGCAGACACAUGGAAAGCAAUCGACGAGAUGAUAAAGGCUGGGCCAAGUGGAAAGACUGGCGUGAGCAGUAUCUUGCUGGCAGCACCAGCCUUUGACGAUGAUUUUGAUUUUUGGGCGGGACCAAUCUUUGCAAUGUUAGAAGCUUCAGUAGUUGCUGCACAAGCGCAGGAACAGAUUGGCGUAGUAUGCUUCCACCCGCAAUAUGCCACUCCAGACGGCAAAUCAUGGCCAGGAUUCGGGCACAUGCACUCUUUACCACGGUUACAGAAGUGGUAUCUAGAACACUCCGAUUCGAAAGACUUGACAACUGAUGACAUUGCUGCUGGAGGUGCAUGGCAGCGACGGACACCACAUGCGACGAUAAAUGUUCUGAGAGCAGACCAAUUGGAAGCAGCAGAAUCCAAACGAAUGUCAGGUUCAAUGUAUACCGAAAACAUCGAAAAGCUUAUCCGCUCUAUUGGAUCUUCAAAACUGGCCGAUGACUUGGAGCAAGAACGACAGCUUGUUUAG